CAAUUUUUAAGUUGGCAAAUAUAAAGGGGAGGCAACUAUUACAAACCAUAAAGGCGCCUUCCUUUUUUUUUUUUAACUUUUACUUUGUAAACAAAUAAUCUCCUCGUUAAUACCAACCUUUUAUGUUAUUUAGAAAAGAUCUAUGUCUAGAUUAAGAUUUAUGUAGAUCUAGAUUAGAUCUAAUACUAAGAUUGACGGCUAUGAUUAAUUUGGCAUCAUUAGGAGAUGAGGCCAAGAUUUGGGAUAUACCAACCUUUUCCCUGCUGGAACAAUUCAACUCACAUGAUGGACCUAUCAGCGACUUAACCUGGAGCCAUGAUGGAAAUGUUGUGGCAACUUGUUGUACCACUGACAAGAAAGUUCAGAUCAGGUCUACAAAAGCUUCAUAUUCUGUUGUGACGGAUAAUUUCACUUUGCCUGCAGGGAGUCUUUGUCUGGAUUUCAAUUCUACAUCAAGAUUUUUGCUCUGUGGCUGUGAUGAUGGGUCAUUUCAUAUUUGGGAUCGCAAAACACAAACUAUUAAAAAAUCCUCUUCAAAUCAGAAAAACCCCAUCACUGCUACUCGUUGGAACUGGAACGAUUCCUACCUGGCACUUGGAUUAGAAACAGGAAAAAUAAUUCUGUACAAUGUUGUGACUAGUCAAGCCAACAGCCCUAUGAAUGCGUCUUCUAGUCAGGCUAUUCGUCAAAUGAAAUAUAAUCCAUACCGCAAGUCCUCUUUGGUUGCCGUCUCUGAUGAAGGCGUAGUCAGCUUUUGGGACACAAAUGCACGUCGACUUCUUCACUCAUUCACAAACACACACCAGGCCCCAGCCAAAGAUCUGGCUUUUUCACCAAUCAAUGACUACCUAAUGGUUAGCGUCGGCUUGGACAAGCGAGCUGUAUUUUAUGAUGUUCAGAAUAAAUCUUCUGUGAAAACAAUUCUAGCUGACCAGCCUUUGACAUCCGUUGAUAUGAUGCCAGAUGGAGCCACUGUUGUCGUUGGAACAAGCAGGGGAAACAUUUUUGUGUAUGACAUGAGACAAUCUGCCACACCUGUCUUCACUUUAGCUGCACACAAAUCUUCUGUGAAAAGACUGAGUUUUGUUAAAAGGGAAGACAUAAAAAAUGAUGCCUCUAACCAGCGCAGGCAGCUUCCAUCAACACCUUUGCUGUCAUCAACAGAGGAAACACAUCAAAUUUCAGGCAAUGUACAGCAAUCAUUAGGCUUGGAUAUAUUUUCCCCUAUGAGAGAAGAUAACAAGAGCAAUAACUCAACUGCUGAAAGGAGCGGUCACGCCAAGUCUUGGUUGUACAAUCGGUCAGGUGUUGGAGAGAAUUUAGAAGCAGUAGAUGCAGGUUUAGGAAUCUUUUCACCCCUUAGGAAUGAUAACUCUCAGAGUGUAACUAGUAUACAUGGGACUAGUUCUUUUUUAGGCAACAACUCAUUUCUCAACCAGUUACUGAGCCCUACAGUCAAACCAACAGCAGGCGACAGGUCACAAGUAGUGACUAACAACAUGCACAGUUCAGUGAAUGGUUUCACAGACAGCACUCACAUUCCUGUAUCCGAUGUCCUGUCUUCAAAUUUAUCAAGUGAGGAUCAGAACACAAAUGGUAUUUCCAACAAAACUGACACCACAAGCAGCGUACACAUUGACACUUCUGCUCCUCUGAUCACCUCCUUUCAAAAUGCCCAUACAUCAUCACCCCUUCAGAAUUAUGACUCUUACCAGAAGAUGCGAUCACCACCCAGGGACAAAUUUACGCCUCACAGGCCCAACAGGACACCAACAGAGAAUCGAAUCAGGCUGGACGAUCUGCCCAGUACUCCGGCUAAUGGCAGCACUGCAUCCGUCAGUCCUAGAGAUAUUAGAUUCAGCUCUGAGGAAAGAAAAAUACCUGGUGUAUCAUGCAAUAAAUCAGAUGUGGCAGCGCCAAGUGGGUCCUCAUCACUUACGCCACAGUCCACAUCAUCGCUUCGCCAUUUAGUUCAAGAUUUACUGAGUGAGCAGUUCCAAGAACAUCACAAACAUCUCAAAUCUGAGAUUCGUGCCAUGUUGGGACAGACUAGAGAAACAGACCAGCCAAGGUCAGUCGGAUCAACUCAAGCAGAUAGUCCUGAAAUGUACCAUGCAGAGUUCAUCAGAAAUCUAAUCAGGGAAGAGAUGGAUGACUUGAAGGAUUACAUCCACAAAGAGUUUUGGUCAGUGCAGGUGGAGGUCAUUAAACAGGCUUUUCAACUUCAGAGACAAAUGCAAGCUGGCUUUGCAGAAUGUUUGAUCAACCCAAUCCUACUAGAUGAGAUAGACAGGCUGAAGGAAGAGAAUGCAAGGUUGAGGAAAACUUUCUAACAUUCCUGUCCUAGGCUGAUGUUCACGUGAGCUCUCUUUCAUCAUCAGAGUAUUCAAGACAUCUACUGUAGUAGAGUAGCUCCUGAAUGCAAGUCAUGCUAUUUUUGCAUGGCACUUAGAUUCUUACUGAAGAAUAUGUCUAGCAGUAAUUUACUUACUGUAUGGAAAUGAACGCAUUACAAGUGAAUGAGCCUAACAGUUUUAGUAAUGUAUUUGGAAAGGAUUUAAAACAAUGUGAACAAAAAAUGGAACAGAUGAGAAAGAAAUAGAGACGACUAUUUGACCCUCACUGUACAUAAUGAAGUGUAGAUGAAAUGCAAUUUUAUGUAUGUAGUUUGGGUAAUUUUUACAUUAUAUAUUUUAUGCCCAACCAAGACAUGAGAUUACUUUUUAAAAUGAAGCUUCAUAUUGGGUCACACAUUAAAAAAUUAAUUUUAAUGUUUAAAUACUUGUGUUUUUAGUUAAGCCUUCUUUUGUAGAACUUAUUUUCAAUAGUCAUAACACUGGUGUUACUUUUUAUCCUAGUGAUAUCUAAUAAUAGUUUUUUUCUUCACGUUAAAUGGUUAGGAAAGAAUCUAUUAUCAUUUUCUCCUAUAGAAUCAUCUUCUAAUGAGAAUACAAUGACCUCAAAGUGAAAUAAAAUACAAAAUUUAAUGAAACUAAAUAAUAUAUAAAAAUAGGGCUAAAAAAUAGUUCAUCAAUCUUUUCACACUUCAAAAAGCUGCAUGUCAAGCACUGCAUUAUGUUGCUGAGCCCUAUUCAUGCACAGAAGGAACUGCAAGGGCAGGCCAUCUUGAGGAUGGCGUGGUUAUAAAACUUCUCAUCUCUGCCUGUGGUCCCUUCUGGGGCAUAGGCCACCAACCAGCUUCCUCCAGGCAUCUCGGCUCUGGGCGAGUCACUCCAACUGUCCCCAUGUCUUGCCCAACUGCUUGGCAUCUGCUUCCAAAUCACUGUGCCAUGUAUUCCUGGGCCUUCCCUGCUUCCUUUUUCCUAUAAGACUUAGUAAUAGUUGUUUUUUCAUUUAUUGCUUUUUGCAUAGCAUAUCUUUCAUGCUAAAAGCACUAAGAUUUGUGAACAGAAUUUAUGAGCAGCAUCAAAAAAUUUUUGUUAACAUAAGCAUCUCAAGAUUCUUCAAGUCUCUUUGCAUGUUUUCUUGAAACAGUCCAUCCCUGAGAGGAAUAUAGCAGUGUUCAUAGAAACAAUUCUUGGAGCUGAGCCUUUUAUCAACACAUUUCAUUUACUGUUUUGCAAAAAUUACUAGAUAAUUGAUUGAACUUUAUAGUCAGUACUCUGUAAGGUGAUUCCAAUUUAAAAAUGUCACUUUAAAAGUGAUUUGGCUAAAUGUUUGGCAAUGUUUUAUUUGCUGGAUCUCCUGUUUUUUUUUUUUUUUUUUUUUUGUAUAUUAAAUCAAUUCUUUUAAAUGCUCUUAUUAGUCUAACAGAUUUGUCCUGUUACCAUUUUCUUCUACUGCCUUUUUGUACAUACCAGUAUUUUAACUAGAUCUACCUAGAAUGGUAAUGAUGUUGCUAUAUUUAUUGUGUACAGAUGUGCCUUGACAGUGUACAGACAUUCAUCAAAUGGCAUGUUUAUGUUCAUGUAAUAAACAUUUAAUUCUUAACACAA